CGCAGAGGAAGGGGAGGGGAGGAACACGGUGGCGUGUGUGUGUUUUUUAUGGAAAUAAGCGGAGGAGAUAAGAGGAGAGACUGAAUAUCCACUUCCUAUAAGACUGGAACACGAAGCGGGGAGGCUUUUCUUGUAGUGGAGGUGUUAAAAGCGGUGUGGAGCGGAUCUGUUAUAACUUUCUGAACUCGGGAGAGGAACUCCAGCGCUUCUCCUCCUUCUCCUUUUCAUUUUCCUUCUCCUCCUCCUCUGUGGUAAACAGAGCUGGGCAGGUAGAGCAGAAAGAGCCGGAAAAACUCGCAGCGCAGGUUGGCCUGUGUGCGCGCGCGCUUUCAUUCUUUCAGUCUUUAACUAAAUGAUUUAAUCCAGAUACGCGUCUCCAGACUUGGGACAGAGGGAAGAGUCAUGAAGGACAUGAGGAAAAAGAAGCUGUUCGUCCUGGUGGACGUGCUGUGUGUGAUUGUGGCAUCUCUGCCCUUCGUGAUCAUGAACAUUGUUUACCGGCCGUACCAACGUGGCAUCUACUGUAACGAUGAGAGCAUCAUGUACCCGCUGAAGGAAGACACAAUCACACAUGGGCUGAUGGCUGCUGUCACCAUUUCCUGUGCUGUUAUCAUUCUAUCAUCAGGCGAAGCUUAUCUGGUCUACAGUAAAAAACUUCAAUCGAACUCAGGAUUUAAUCAGUAUGCGGUCGCUCUCUACAAGGCGGUGGGCACCUUCCUGUUUGGAGCUGCAGUAAGCCAGUCACUCACAGACCUGGCCAAGUUCACCAUCGGACGCCCUCGCCCCAACUUCAUAUCAGUCUGCAAACCCAAACUCUGCAAAGGCUACAUGCCAAUAAUCAACUGCACCGGUGUUCCAGAUGAUGUCACUGAGUCCAGGUUGUCUUUCUACUCUGGGCAUUCAUCCUUCGGGAUGUACUGCAUGCUGUUCCUGGCGCUGUAUGUCCAGGCCAGACUGAGAGCCAAAUGGGCCAGACUCCUGCGACCCACCAUCCAGUUUUUUUUAGUGGCGUUUGCUGUGUAUGUGGGCUACACCCGAGUGUCUGAUUAUAAGCAUCACUGGAGCGAUGUUCUGGUUGGGCUCCUUCAGGGGGCGCUAGUUGCAGUACUUGUUGUGAGAUUUGUAUCAGAUUUCUUCAAGCGACGUCCUCCGACCCAGUGCUCCAGUCCAGACACGGUCGAGAGCGACGUGCUGGAGAGAAAGCCUAGUCUUCAGGUGGGAGAGAUGGAACAGAACAAUCAUUACGGCUACCAUGGACAUGCGUGAGAGACACUUCCACAACCACUCAGACUACAUCUCCCACAAACCACUGAAGCGACAGGAGGCGUGGCUGCACGAGACUACUGCAGUGGUGGACUAACCUUCCUUUAAAAACACAAUCUGCAAUGAGUCUCACUCUCUCCUGUGUGUGUAAUUUUUUAAACUCAGUAAUCUAUUCAAUAUUCACAGUACUUAACAGUUUUAGGUUAUCAGUUCUUAUUUUAUUUUUUGUAAGACAAAUUAGGGCCCAACAAAUGUUAAUGGAUGCUGAGAAGAAUUUCUCUCAUACCUUAGAAGAGAAACGAGCAAAAAUCCCAGCAAAAUGUAUUUAUUGGUUUAUAUGGCACUUUAAAGUGACUGCCGGGUUGGCGAUUACACGAGUAAGCACAACCAAGCAUCUAAAUGUAAUCUUUAAUAUGACCGUGGCAUGAAAUAGCAUGGCACAAAAAAGAAAUAAAGGAAAUAAACUAGUAAAAACGUAUAUAAUACAAUAAUGCUGAGAAGCUCAAAAGCAACAAAAUAUGUAUGUUAUUUAAAUCUCUGUACGUUUCUUUUUUAAAACAUUUCUUGUUGAUUUAACAUAAAGAAAUGUGAAAAACCAAAACUGACAAUCAUAUCCAAUGAAGGACAAUCAUAUUAGUUAAUAAAGCACUUUUUAGAGCAGCUGACCUUGGUUUUUGUAAUUUUAGGUUGUUUAAUAUGAUUAUUAGUCACAUUUUUUAAACAUCUACAUAGAAAUUUAAGCCCAGGUUCUCAUUAAACUACAUUUACAGCAGAUCUAAUCCUACCUAGCUUUACCUCCUGUUGAGGUAUGUUGGUGGUAGUAUCCAUUCUUUAGACUAUGUUCACAUUGCAUGCACCAAUAGUCAAUUCAGAUUUUUGGUUCAGUUCGGAUUUAGGUUUAGACCUUGACAGUUCAGAUUCAUUUAUGUACAUGAUCUGUAUCUGUCUGUAAUGUAAAUGUGAAUGAAUCAGUCCCUGAAUUGAUACGUGCUGCCAGUGCUGGCAAAAACAUGCAAAAAAUCUGAUAUGAGCGUUCACAUUUCUGAUCUGGGACCACAUAUGAAAGUCACCCGAAUCUAAUAUUAAAAGAUGGACUUUUUUGAAAUGUCCACAUAGGCCUCAAAACGUCAGGUCUUUGUAACAAAUCUGAUUUGAGUCACUUCCGCUUAGUAAUGUAAACGCAACCUAAAUGUACAAAGUGUACAAAGAGUUUUUGUGCAGUCUCGCUACCUCUUUAUUAGUUGAGCUGGAAAUUACUUUAAAGCUGGAAUAGUUGUUGUUCUCUGCUUUGGAUCUUUGUUUGAGUCUCUCUUUUAUCUUAAACUAGAGCUGGGGGAAGGUUUACGUGGGCUUGUAUAGGGUGGAAAAUGCAGUGCUGUGGUUUUAGACCCCUCUCCAGCUGCUUUUAAUAUCGUAGCAGCAGCAGCCGUGGUUGCUGUUCAUGUUAGCGUCACUAAAUGUGCCUUAUUUUCUGCACCUUGGUUGGACUGAUUGUUGGAAAGAAGCUAUAAAUACUAUAUAUAAUUGCUGGCAAAUAUUUGUUCAAUGUUUAAGCCAAGAUAAUACCACUAUUUUGUACUUGCUUUUUUUUUAAGUGUUGUAAAAUAAUGCUGUUUUUUUUUUUUUUUUUUUGGUAAAUUUUGAACCAAAAUGCUUGUUGCUCUAUUCUCGUAUCUUUAUGCUGACAAGGUUUGUACCAAAAAAAUACAACGGCUUCAGUGUGUAUACAUUCCAUAUUCUAUAAUAUGUAAUGGCAGUUUCUUUGUAAUUCUGUUGUACUACGUAAAGCUGGGGUUAUACUACACGAUUUUUGCCCUGAUUCUCAGUCUGGCUGUUGGAGUCAAUAGUUGGAGAGUGUCAGUGAUCCAACUGAUUUAUGUCCCAUGAUUUUAAUGUGUCCUAUUAACAGCCAGUGAAACUCAAACAGAAAAAUCAAACUUGGAAAGUCUGGGGUUUUUUUGUGUGUUUAUUUUUUUUACUCCAAUUUAACUACCACGUAUGAAGCUGAAGUUAGCUUCUUAUUUGGCAGGUUUUAUUAAGAAGUUAUAUUCCCCUUUAACCCCUUAAAAUGCCUUGUCCUGUAUACAGGCUACAGGUGUAGGUGAUACAAAACCUAUUUUUUCUGCAGUUAAAAUAACUUAAUAAAUUACAUAAUAACUUAAUAAAUUAAGGGGUUUAAAAUCCCCUUCAGGACACUUUGAGAAGCUGCCUGUUUUCUCUCUACUCCACUUAAUAAUUCCAGAUCAGUAAUAGGAAUCAACCUAAAUUCUGCAUGUUUGAAUAGAUGUUAAAAACUAGACAAACAUAUUUUGUAUAUUGAAAUAUUGAUUUUAAAAGUUUAAAAGUUCAGGAAAUGUCAUUAUAUUUUUGACAUUAACAGAUUUACUUGUAUUCUUUUAUAUUUUCUAUUACAAUUACAAUGAUGAUUUUUAGUAAUGUUCCUUAUCAAACAUGAAAGCUUUUAAUCUAAUGCUUAAAUAUAAAUCCUCAAGAUUUAGUGAUUAAUAUCAGGCAGACUUUUGACCAAAAUCUUGGCCUGUUAAGGGUUUUUUUAAAUGAUGCAUCAAAGCUAUAUUCUAGUUCCUAUUAUACAUCUGAUACUGCAGCAACAUUUAAGGUGGACAGGAAGUUCUCAAGCCUCACUUGUAGAGGGUAACCUCAGUGCACUGCCACGCGUCCGGCAUGGUCUGCAUAAUGCACAGACCUACUGACCUCGUUUUUUCACCCACAACCUCACCCAAAGCCUUUUGUAUACUUUAUUUGGUUGUUUUUUUCAGCACAAAUGAUCACACAAAGGAUGCUGACAGCAAGCUGUUGUGACUCCAUGUUUAGUUUGCCUCUCCUAGGUAUAAAGCAAAACUUUUUGGGGGGGUGUAUUUAGUACAUUACAGCAGGUUGGUAGUUGGUAUUAUAUAAUAUCUAGUCUAGUAGUUGGUUUAGUGUGAGAUGUUGGGCAUUGUUUUCAGGAAAACUCAUUCUAUAGUUUACACCAUUAAAAGUCGUGUAGUGAACCCAAAGCUUUAGGUAACAGCUCUGUACCUAAGACAGCUGCUUUGUAGAUGCAGCUCUGUUCAAUCUAUUGUGACAUGUUUGGCACUUUUAUUGACAUUCCAGCUUAAAUGAUGUGUUUUGUCUUGAUUUCUAUCUACCUUAAGGCCGAUUUCAUCAUUUGCCUGUUCUGGUUCUUACACGUUACCUGCAGAAUUUAGCAGGAAAUGUUUUGCUUACCUGUUUAAGUCUGCUUGAAGACAAAUACUAUCUGCAAAGUAUACAUGAUUAAUUAUACUCUAUGAUUUAAUAGAUAUACUGUAUAUGUAUGCUUGUAUUUGUUUGCAUUGCCUUGUUCCACGUCUACUCAAAUAUAUUUAAGGAUAUCUGGACUGCAAGUGUCUUAACAGUUGAUGUUACCUGUGCCUUCAGCAGCAACAUUGCUGUGUUUCUGAUAAUGUGGCCAAAUGUUGGUCCUGUGCUGAGUCUGAGAAUGCAGCUGUAUGAAUGGACUCAUGUCAGAAGACUGAACGGCCACCCUAAGCUGCAAGAAGAGAGAGAUCUGGAACCUGUACUGGCACAGCGUCACUCUUUAUCCAAUCAGAAGAACUGGAAAAGCACACAGUCACUUGUAAUAAAGUUUCCAAACUGACUUUGACAUGCAGGCCAUGCCUUUUGCUGUGCACAGAGUGAAUUCAUAGAGUUUUGAGAAAACAUUGAGUUUUUUGUAUUGAAUGGGUUGAUUUGCAAUAAAUAGAUGGUAUGCUUGGAA